AGGUUAUCCGUUUCAGAUGAUAUUAUAGUACUCUUUUCAUUCACAACCAUUUGCAUGCUUUUCUGUUAUCUGCAUUUCAUGGAACGAUGGCUGUUUCGACGAUACUCAAUCUCUUUACGGCUCCUUUGGAGUUUAUCUAUUGGUUGAAAUGGGCUGCAUCCUAUAUUGCGAUACGUGCGUACAAUGCAUUCAAGUGCAAAAGGUUUGCUCUGUAUGAUCUCGACGCACUCGGCGAUCCGGUCAAAUUGGGGUUCCUGGUACCAAAUAUAGAAAAAGAAUUAGAAUCACCAUUUCCGGAAUCUCAUUUGCAAGAAGCAGCCGAUGAAGUUGCAUUUUACGGAGUGAAUUCUCAAUCGGAAUGUCUUCUCGUACGUAUUGCAAGAGGUUGCAACCAACAAGCAGACGCAUGGAUUUAUCUGAAGUUGGCAAAUGGCAAAACCUACUACUUGAUGGAAACCAAAGGAUUCCAACAAUCAUUUGAGGGAAACUCUCAAAGUUUCUCGUGUGGCAAAUUACAAAUGCACUAUUUGUGCCCAAUGAGAAAAUGGAGGAUAUUUUAUUGCGGAAUGCUCAAAGAAAUAUCUGACAAUAAUAAAAAGGUUGAAGAAGUAGUUUUUGCCAAGUUCGUAUUUUUAUGGAAAGCAGCAUCAGAUGUUUAUGACUGCACUUUAGAUACAAAUAUCCAUGGAUUUGCAAGUGCCAUGGCAAGAUCCGAUUGGAGAGUACCAUUGGUGCCGCCUAUCAAAAAUUUAGUUGAUGCUCUGAAUAUUUAUGGCCAAAGCGGUGUUAUAUCCGGAACAAUUUCCAUCAAUGAUGGAUCAGAUUAUGAAAUGUAUUUAUUUGGAGCAAAAAUCCGGAGUCUUGGAAAAAGUGCAAGCAUAGCAGGUUGUAAAUUCACAUCAAUUUUAGGAAGUACUCCCUCGAAUGGCCUGAACUUUCAUUUGUCAAAUGUAUCUUUACCGUAUGCUUUCAAAAAUUUACCUUUCGGAUUUGUUGUGGAUCCAGAUGGACUACUCGAGCCUCUGAAAGAUCUAGAUAUCGCUAUAAAACCAAUCGCAGCUAAAGAACAGCAAAGCUCUUUUAAAGCAAGUUUCACAGCUGGAGAACAGUAUGAAUUAUCUGGAAGUAUAGCAGAACCCAUUGUUUUCUACAGUGGUCAAGGAUGGAGUGGAUUUCUUGAGUUGUCUUUCAUAGAAUUUAACGUUGGAGAUAGAAAAGGAUAUGGUUUAAUCAUGUCUGGAGAAGUAUACAACAUACCUAAGAGAACAGGAAAAUCUCUGAGUAUUAGAGCAUAUCCGGAACCUAUACCCCUGACAGUACAAUUCACUGAUGAAGCUUGCCAAUUUGGAGAAGUUUCUGGGGGGAAAGGCUCUUCCCUGGGGAAACUAACAGAGCUAAGCCAAGAAGACAAAACGUUUAUUGUGCCCAAAGGUAUCGUGGUUACUACAACUGCUUACAAGCAAUUCUUGACAUCGGAAAUUCUGGAAGCCUCAAAAUAUUUGGAGAAUGUAGUCUAUGGGAAUGAUAGUGGUGAUAUAAAAAAUGCUUGCCAAAAGAUUUCAAGUGUGAUAGAGGAAACCUCUUUACCUAAUAACAUUUGCCAUAGCAUUGUUGAAGAUUUGAAAGAUUUAUUCGGAGACGAAGUCAACCAGCGCAAAUUCGCUGUUAGAUCUUCUGCAACAGGAGAAGAUACUGCAACGAUGUCAGCAGCUGGACAGAUGGACACUUUUCUUGGAGUUCAGGGUCUUAACGAAAUAUUUUCUGCUGUAAAAAAAUGUUGGGCAUCUCAGUUUGGUCAUAUCGCUGUUGAGUAUAAAAGGCGAAAUGGUCAAAUUUUGAAUUCACCAAUGGCGGUCGUGAUUCAAGACAUGGUGGCUUGUGAAGUUUCUGGUGUUCUCUUUACAUGUGAUCCAGUUACGAAUAACCCAUCUAUUAUCACAAUAACUGCGAACUAUGGGCUUGGGGAAACUGUUGUUUCCGGAUCCGUAGAACCAGACACUAUACUCCUUCGAAGGAUGGAUGACGGAAAAUUGAAAGUUGAAGACAUUGUUAUUGGAACUAAGCAUCAGAAAAUCAUCAUGAAAGAUUCUGGCGGAACUGUAACGGAGGACAUUGAUGAUCAGUCGAAAUUGGAAAGCUGUGUAAGCAAAAAAGAUGCAGAACGCCUGGGAAAAUUAUCACUGAAAAUCGAGGAUUACUACAAAUCUUCAAGAGACAUUGAAUGGGGCAUGUUGAAUGGUAAAAUAUAUAUUUUACAGUCAAGGCCCGUCACCAAUGCAGCUUCAGAAACAGAUAAUGAAAUUAAACACGAAUUCGAUGCUCCUUUGCGUUGUGAAAAAGAAUAUUUUACAGUUGCGAAUGUUGGGGAAGUAAUGCCAGGCGCUUCUUCACCUUUGGGAGUGGAUCUUUUAUCGAAGUGUUUUAGCAAUGUUCUUAAGAGAGAAGCACGCAGGAAAGGUGGUACUGACAACCUUCUCAGUAGCAGAUACUAUCCUAAUGGCUUACUUACCUUUUAUAACCACAUGAUGAUGACUGCCGUUGAGAUGUUAAUUAGAUAUGGCUAUGAUACACCAAAAUCAAAAGGUUUAAUGGUCAGCAUAUUUGGACGCGUAUUGGAUGAUCCUGAUUUAAUGAGUUACGCCAAAGAAAGAGCCAAAGAAGGUGAAGAGCCAUCCAUCAUUGCAAAAAUACCACAGCAGUUGAAAGAUUAUUGGUACUUGUUUACAUUUGAUUUUGGACUUGAGAAAGUGAAGGAAAAGACCUUCAAUUAUAAAUUGGAUUUUUUGAAGAAGGAGACUGCUAAAGAAACGUUCGCAGCAAUGCUCAGUGCCUGCUCGGAUUUCGAUGAUGCAUUAGAAAAACAUAUCGAUGCUUCUACGAGCUCUUCUGACUGGAAUAUGAUCAUGUUCAAUAUUUUAUGCGAAGCGAAAGGAAGCUUUGACAUUGACGUUUAUAGUGAUUUUGCAAGACUCUUGGCUACUUCAUCAGAUGUAGAAAGUGCAAACGUUCCUCAAGCAAUGCAGGAAGUUGCUACCCAAAUAGUAAAAGAUAUCGGUAAGGAGAAAUUUAGCUCCAUGUCAGUUAAGGAAGCUACAGAGUGGCUUCAAACUACAAGUGCUUCAUCUGGUUACAUGUUUCGGCAGUUUCUGAACAGGCAUGGACACAGAUGCCUCAAGGAGUUCGAUGUUCGAUCUAUAACAUGGGAAAUGGAUCCCAAACUUUUGGUCCAACUCUUACAGAGUAUGACUGGUAUGACCAAAGAGGAUUCAAAUAACAAAGAAGAGAGUAUAGACAAUAUUUUUUCACAGCUUAAUGUGCCAUUGAAUUUCAUGUCCAGGUGGAUGUUGAAGUUCGUGGUACCUAAUUGUCGUCGAGGCGUUAGAGCAAGAGAAACUACAAAAUCUCUGAGUGUUAAAUCGUUUGACCACUGGCGGAAAGGUGUUCGACGACUCGGAAAACAGAUGGUAUCUGAAGGCCGUCUACCUGAGGAAGAAUUGAUUUUCUUUAUGACUCUUGAUGAGAUUAAUGACUUAUUGAAUACCAGAUCUCCCAUCAUAAUUUCAAGAGCAAGCCAUCGGCGAAAGAUCUUUCCUACUCUUGAAAAUUAUAAAUUUCCAGAAAUAAUGAAGGGAAUACCGAAACCAAUUAAUGACGAAGAAGAAUCGGCAGAUACAUAUGAAUUCAUAGCAGAUUUAACUAUGAAAGGUACUCCAGUGAGUGUAGGUGUAACGAAGGGAUAUGCAAGAGUAGCAAUAUCUUUAGAAGAAGCGUCUCAUUUGCAGUCUGGUGAAAUUCUGAUAACCUACAGUACUGACAUUGGCUGGAGUCCGUAUUUCCCGAUUGUAUCUGGAGUAGUUACUGAGCUUGGAGGACUCAUUUCUCAUGGUGCUGUCGUCAGUCGCGAAUACGGUUUACCUUGUGUUGUAGGUUUACAAGGAGCGACAAAGAAAUUUCAUACAGGAGAUUAUGUGUUGCUAGAUGGGAAAAAAGGAAUUUUACAGCGGUUACCUAAGCCAGAAUGAUAAUAAUAUACUAUCUUAAAAUUUGAAUCUUCAAAUGUUUUGUGAUUGUAACUGAGAUAAAGAAAGUAUUUUGUUGCUAGUUUCAAACAUGUGUUUGUUUCCAAAGAAUUCUUAUACAUAGUUUUUUAUUGUCAUAGAGAUUUUUAUAAAAUGCUAUUAAAAUUAUUCUCACUUUUCUAAGAG